UUUCCCCGCAGAAACCGUUUCCGGGCGGCUUUAAGGCCCUAGAGUCGUCCUUCCGCUAGCGCAUGCGCGGAAAGCGGUCCUUCUCGCUCUCUUCUCCUGAGCAGCAGUUCUUGAAUGUUGCUGUUCCACACAACUCUGAAUAUGUACACUUGUGCAAAGUUGAUUUCUGCCUCCACCCUGGUGAGGAACAGUUCUACGGUUUUGUGUAGACCUCUCUCUGCUUCUGUGCUGAACAGACCUCAGAUCAGGACGGAUAAGCCCUGCUGCCUUUCGGGUGCUCAGCAUGAAGUCUUGCCGCUGCUGCAUCGGCAGUUCCAAACGAGCGCGGUGUCCAGAGACAUAGAUACUGCCGCCAAGUUUAUUGGUGCUGGUGCUGCAACCGUGGGUGUAGCUGGCUCUGGUGCUGGCAUUGGAACAGUGUUCGGCAGUCUCAUCAUUGGCUAUGCCAGAAAUCCCUCCCUGAAGCAGCAGCUCUUCUCCUAUGCCAUCCUGGGUUUUGCACUCUCCGAAGCCAUGGGGCUCUUCUGCUUGAUGGUAGCAUUCCUCAUUCUCUUUGCCAUGUGACAAAGCCAACAUGCACUACUACAUACUCUUCCUUUCUUCCCCCCCUGUGUUUAGUCUAAUGUGUACGCUGAGCUGAGUGUUUUGUGGGAGAGAAGGGAAGCUCACCUGUUAACCAAAUCCUCCCUGUUCACUGGGGGCAAGUGAAUAAAUACAGAUUGGUAUACA